UAAAAAAACAAAAGAAAAACCAAAAAAAACGAGCUGCUUCUUCUAAGGUACGCCACGGCCGGACCUGUGCACUGUGCAGUAGUAAAAAAAAACUGAAACCCGCGCUUUUUCGAACAAAGCCACUUCCCGUCAAUUCUCAUUUCCCACUCUGCGCCUGAGACCGUUUUUCUUCUUCCCCAUUUCCAUCUUCUUUCACCUCUUUCUCCCCCAUUUCCAUUCAAUAUUAUGCUGUUUCAAGUUUCAAACUCCAAAUUCGCGUUUUUCUACAGAUAACAAAAUAUUUUCGGUCUUUGGAUGUUGCUGUUUGUCAGAAAAUUAGGGUUUCUGCUGCUACACAAUUGUUUACAUCUCCAUCAAUUGCUUUAGCUAAUUCUUUAGUCAGGGUUUGGAAUUUUCUAUGGGGAAAAGACGUAGUACUGUUGUUAUCGUGUCGUCAGACGACGACAACGACAACGACGAUGUCUUCACCAUUGGUAGAAACUGCUCAUCUUCUAAUUCCAAGCCGACUCUUAGAAAUUCGAAGUCUGUUCUAAAUUCGAAGUCGAGAACUGCUUACGCUAGACCGACGGCGAAGAAGGCGCGUCUUUCUCAUCCUUUGUCCACUUCAGCCGAAUUGCUCUCGAAUUUUGACGAGUACAAAUUUCUAUCUGGAGAUUUGGCCGAUGAUUUUGCUGGGUUUCAGGUAUCUACUGAUUCUAGGAGGUUGGACGGGGUGGAGUCUUGGGUAUAUAAGUAUAGACCGCGUUCUCUGGAAGAGAUUGCUGUUCAUAAGAAGAAGGUGGAAGAAGUUAGAAUGUGGUUUGAGGAAAAACUGUCAAUUCCAAAGCAAGGGUCCCAAAAUUAUGUUCUCCUCAUCACUGGCCAAGCUGGGACUGGAAAAUCUGCAACUGUCCGUGUUGUUGCAUCCAAGUUUGGUGCCGAAGUUUGUGAAUGGAAUGCACCUACUCCUACAAUUUGGGCGGAAUAUGUUCAUAACUUGAAUGCAGGGGUGACAUAUAUAUCUAAGUUGGAUGAGUUUGAGAAUUUUGUGGAGCGGGUUAGGAAGUAUGGGAUGCUUUCAUCAUCUCUUUCUGGGUCAAGGCAGCCCAUGGUACUCUUGGUUGAAGAUCUUCCUGUAGCAAGUGGAAGAAUUGCUCAAGGAAGACUUCUCAAUUGCCUGCAACUGCUUGUUAAAUCGGUACAAGUACCAACAGUGAUCUUGAUAACUGACUAUAGUGCAGGUGACUCUGCUGAUGCUGGCAUGCGUCAUUGGGAAGAGCUUUCUUCAUCUUUGGAGAGUGCUGGUGCCUGUAAGAUGGCUUUCAAUCCAAUAACAGUGAAUUCAAUAAAGAAGGUGCUUUCCAGAAUAUGUAAACAAGAAAAAUGCAACACAAGUAGUGAGCAGGUAAACUUGAUAGCCAAUGCAAGUGGAGGUGAUAUCAGACAUGCUAUCACGACUUUGCAGUAUGCUUGCUUGAGACAAGAGAAAAAGGUUCUUGUAUCUUCUGAGAAAUGCACGUCUAAUUUAGAAGCUAAAGUUCACGAUCAUGGUCAAAAGGAUGCUGGAUCUUCCUUGGCAUAUGGCAGGGAUCAAACAUUAUCUUUGUUUCACGGCCUUGGGAAGUUUUUACACAAUAAAAGAGACACUGAGUGUACCAUAUCCCACAGUGAUGAUGGAUUUUAUUUGAAAGAAGGAUUUACAAGAUUACCUUUGAAAAUGGAUGCCCCUGAAAAGGUUCUUUGUCAAGCAUAUGGGCAAGCAAGGCCAGUGGCUGAGUUUCUACAUGAAAAUGUACUAGAUUUUCUCAGUCAGGAUGCAAUUGAAGAUGCAUGGUCGGUGGUAUCAUAUUUGAGCGAUGCUGACUGUCUUCUUUCCUCAGUUCAUCGAACUGUGACUAGAAAUUAUGAAAUAGAGAAUGUUAUUCAGUCAGCCGCUGCCUCAGUAGCAGUGCGUGGGGUUCUCUUUGGAAAUGCGCAUCCUUCCCCUUCCAGGUGGCACUCUAUACGUCGUCCUGAACUUUGGCAGGCUGAGAAAUCAACAAGGAGCAAUAUGCAUGAGAUGGAGAGGCAAAGGCUUGACCAUUUUUAUACUCUAGGCUUGGCCAAUAUAUCUGCUAUCUGCACUGACUACAGACCGGCUCUUAAAUGGCUUGGUUAUAGAGCAUCUUUGCCUUUGGAACAUGCUGAUGUUAACAACAGCUUAAUACGAGAUAAUUCACUGGAAAAUGAUGAACUUGUUGAUACAUAUCCCCAAAAUCAGGCUGGUGAUGACUUUACCGAUGAUGAUAUUGAGGAAUGGUAAUUAUUGUUUCAUGACUGCGCUCGAGGAAGUGAGAAUCAGAUUUACAGCCAUCAUUCGCUGUUUCUUUUGUCGGCUUCAUAUUGCAGUCUAUAUAGAAGGUGAUUAUAUCUGGGUGAAGAAUCUGUAAUCAAAUCAUAUGUUCUUCACGCACUUUUGAAAUCAAGCGAAGCAUUCUAUGAUGGAAAUUCCUGAAGCGUUCCAGUUUAUAUUCCGGUCCCCAGGAAGUUGAUUAGUUAAAUUGUAUUAUACAGAGUAGGUUUUAUUACUUGUAUAUAAUGAGUUUUUAGUUUGAUCUGAUGGGUAGUUUCAUAAUGAUGAAAUGUGCUAUUGAAUCCAUAGUUUCGACCCAUUAUUAACGCAGAUGAUUAGAUGAAGAGCUUGUAUGGACCAAACGGCUUCACAGUUAGUUUUGUUGAAGCGAAUUUAUUGGACACUUUAAGACGGCAUCCUGUAAGCAUGCUAUUUUUGCUGCAUGCAUAAUGCGCCAAAAGUUGACUAAUGUCAAUAGUUUUUGCUAACA